AUGUCUGGCCUGGAGAUUGUCGGGGUUGUCCUGGGGAGCAUUCCCUUGGCUACCGCCGCACUUGGCCAAUAUGCUGACGGCGUGUCGACAAUCAAAGCGAUGGUCAAAUACGAGAACGUGUUCCUCGACCUUCAAGUGCAGCUCAUGGUCAGCAUGUCACUUUUCAGGCAGACGUGCGAACUGCUCCUAAGGGGGCUAGCACUUCCAGACGCGCAGUUUCGAGACUUGGUCGAACACAACAUAGGCUGGGAAAGCAGUGACCUGGCUGAGGCCUUGCGUCGGCGCCUUGGGAACGAGGAUUUUGGCACGUUCCACAAGGCUUUGCAACGUGUGCAGAAGAGACUCGCUCUGAUGGCUAGAAAGCUGAGGCUGCAGGAUGAUCUGACGCCACCAUUCAUGCAAGACAAUGUUGCUGACGAGGAGCGUCGAAAAGAGUUCUUCGCGUCCUGGCGCUACCGAAUUGCCGGUGGAUUCAAUGCCGCAAAGCACCAGCGGAAUUGCGCCGAAAUCUACAGCGACGUCCGCCAGCUUCACGACUUGAUACACGGCGCCCUCAGCCUGGAGAGCGACCGACAUGGUCGUUUCCCGCUCUCUCAGUGGAUGGAUACCUUUCCACCAUCGCCUCCGCUCGGCAAAGCGAAGAGGAAACCGCAAUUUGCCGCCCCAGAUAUCCUUGUUGCGCAAAAGAGCGAAUUGCAGCACCACGCCUGCAGUCACACCCGUGAGAUUGACGAUUUGUGUGGCUCCCUCUCUCAGCACCAGCCAACAGAGUGUCUUGGAUUCCUCAGAAUCCAGGACUGGUGCUAUCAUAUACACGACACGCAGUCCCCCGUAGCCAAGACUCUUCUCCCACUUCAAGAAGUGUUCCGCCGAAAGAACAGAGCCAGCUUGAGUACAAAGGAGAGGUAUACACUUGCCUUGACGCUUGCCUCGGCGGUAUUACAGCUUCACGACACUCCCUGGCUCGGCAGAAAUUGGAAUCUUGGAGACAUAUACUUUCAUAGCGAGGAAACGUCCGCAAUCUACGUAACAGAGGUAUUUGACUCUGAAGUCCGCACUCGAGACGACUACGCGGUGAAGAAUAUUCCUCUGGUCAAAAAUGAAACUCUAUACGCUCUCGGAAUCGCCCUAUUAGAACUUGCGUACAGCGCAACGCUUUCGUCAUUACAGACUCCAGAGGAUGUGGAGAAAGGCGAUUUCUGGACGAAAUACCUUAUUGCCGAGCGGUUGACCAGAGAGAUUCAAACAAAUGAGACGCCUAGGUAUGCAAAUGCUGUUGCUAAAUGCCUACACCCCAAUUCGGACACGUACGACUAUGAGCUUUCCAAUGACGGCUUUCGGAAACGUUUCUUCAACGAUGUUAUUCAACCACUACAGAAGGACUACGAACUACUCUUUCCGCCCAAAUCCCAAUGA